AUGACAUCCCAUUGGUUAGAUGAAAAAACUCUGGAGAAGAAAUCGGCGGCUCUUUGUUGCAAGAGAAUCAAAGGAAGCCACACGUAUGAUCUAAUAUCUGGACUUAUUGAAGAACAGAUCAACAAAUUCAAAAUUGGUGGAAAAGUUGUCUGUAUUGUUACAGAUAACGGUGCCAAUAUAAGAAAGGCAGUGAGAUCGAUGCAGGAUUGUGCAGAACAAAGAGAGAAUGCUCGUCGACUGGAAUCCAUGGAAGCUGCGAAAGCUAAACGGCAGGAAAAGGCAGGGAAUAAAUCUGAGAAAAGCAAGGCUAAGAAAGUGAAGCAAUCAACAACUGAAAACAAUCCUUCUAAAACCAACGAAUCAAUGAUGGAAGUUGACGACACCGAAACGGAGGUCGACGACGAUAUGGUUUAUUUAGAUUUGGAUAUUGAAUUGGAUGAGGACUUCAUUGAAAAUGAAAUGCGAGAGCUAUCAGUAGCUGAAAUUCUGAAAGAAGUUGUGGUAGCAGCACCAUAUGACUAUGAUAUUCCUGCUAAACUAUGCGAGGACAUCCCAUGCACUUCGCAUUCGUUAGACUUAGUAGCAACCGUGGAUUUCCAAAAAGUUCUUGACGCUAUUCGACCAGUUACUUUCAAAAGUAGUCAUGAAGAAGCUUUUGGAAAGCUUAGAAAAAUAUGGAACUUGAGUAAUAGAAGCAUUCAGUCGUCCGAAAUUAUUUACAAUGACUUGGGUUGCCAACUAAAAACUCCUGUAGUUACUCGCUGGAACUCGGAGUACGAUUCCGUUAACUUCAUAAUGGAGCAAGAUCAAGUAAAACUUGACGGAGUUUUCAAGAAACUGAAGCUCGUACCUCUGAACGUCGGUGAUCGCAUACUCUUGAAAGAGUAUCUAGCUGUAAUGGGUCCCAUAGCUAUUUAUCUUGAUGUGAUGCAAGGAGAAAGGAACACCUAUCUGGGAUGCGUGAUCCCUUGCAUAACAAAGAUUAAAUCAGCUAUAGCAAACGUGACAGAUAUCGCUCCCAAUGGCUAUGGUGCAAACAUUCGACGUGGACUUGUGAAUCAUAUAAACCGGAGGUUUGAUCCCAUUUUAAAAAAGGAGUCUUUCAUGCUUGCAACUACCCUCCACCCACGCUUCAAACUCAAUUGGAUUCCUAAAGAAGACGAGGAAUUGGCCUCUGAUGUUCGUCGUCUUUUGGAGCAAAAACUUGAAGAGUUAUGCCCUUUAGAUUCAACUACAAAUGUCAGGGCCCAAACUGAAACAGAUGAUCUUCUUUAUAUCCCAUCAAGAGCUACCCCAUAUAUGAACGAAUUAGAUUUGUUUAUGGUUGAUCCGGAUAUUAAUUUGGAGUCCCUUCACAAAUAUCCACGGAUUAAAGCUCUUUUUCUUCGAUUCAACACAGGACUUCCGUCAAGCGCUCCUGUUGAACGCUUGUUUAGUGCAGGUCCGCUUAUUUUAACUGCAAGACGAAAUCGUCUAUCUGACGAAUUCUUUGAAACGCUGUUAAUUUUGAAAAUCAACAAAAGCAUUUAA